AUGCCUUGGAAAGAUGAUGCAGAGUCUCGGCUGCGAAAUGAUGAGUGCACAACAGGAGCAGGACGGCGGGGUGGGGUUUUUGGAUCUCCGUCUCCUUCUCAGUCGAACGCGCCUUCUCGCUUGUGCGCAUCCAGGCAAAGCGAUGUGGCAGAAACUACGGCUGUGCUGGCGGUAUCUGGGACCACUGGCGACAACAGAGGCCUGUCGCUGCAUGCCUGGGAGUGCAUGGACGGCGAGGGCGGCAAGCGCUGCAGCUUUCAACAGCUGCCUGUGAGGGUGUUGGGAGCGCCCAAAGGGCAGCUCUUGCGGUGGGGCAGGCCAAUGGUGUGCACGGCUCACAUCAACGCGAUGGCCUUGUUCUCGGGCGAGCGCUUGGUGGUGAUGGCUGCCAGGCUUCGCCCAGUGGCAUCCGGUGGCCGCAGGACGGGCCCGACCAAUGAGCUCCAGUUGUUCUUCUGCUGCACGCUUGCCAUGCCAGAGAACAUCGUCGAUGCUUGCCUCUCUGCAUUGCACUUGAUUGUGGCCUUUGGAGACAAAGCACAAUGUUGGUCACUAGGAGCACUGGUACACAGCAGGAAAGCUGUGCCAUCAAUGAAAGCAAGCAAGGGGGAGCACAAGGAUAUUGGAAACGAGGAGAAUGUAGCGAUUCCCAGCACGACAACAUGCAUCCAGAGACAAGGGCAUGACCUGCAAGUGGGUCUGGCUGUCCUCUCCCUGCAAAUGGCUGGCCCUAAAGCUGCAGUUCUUCUUGACAACCGUGGGGGCCUGUAUGCCUUGAUAUUGUCACGAUUCGGCCCGGAUGGUUUGCCAGCAAUGGACAUCAGCAGGCUACGGCUUCCUGUGUCCCUGGAUGCAUUCUCGCUCCUGCCACCGGAGGAAGGAAACAAAAGCGGGGAGCUGGCAGGUUGGCAGAUUUUGGCCUGUAGCUCGGGCAGCAUCAUUCACGUGAUUUGCAUAGUUGAUCGCGUAAGCCAAGACAUUGGUGCAGCUGUACAACGCACGAUGGUCUUGCCCAAGGAAGUACUCACAAUGUGCAGUUUGGCACCGGGAAGUUUCUUUGUUGCCCAUGCCCAGGAACUGUGUCAUUAUGCCCUCCAACCAAGUUUGGAUGGAAUUGGAACGUUUAGUUGA